GUGGGGGGGGGAUGGAUGGACACACGGACGGACAGACAGCCCCAAGGCCACGCACCCCCCCGCCGUCCCCAGGGCGGCACGGUGAUCGGCAGCGCGCGCUGCCAGGAUUUCCGCGCGCGCGAGGGGCGGCUCCGCGCCGCGCGGAACUUGGUCAAGCGCGGCAUCACCAACCUGUGCGUGAUCGGCGGCGACGGCAGCCUCACCGGCGCCGACACCUUCCGCGCCGAGUGGGGCGGGCUCCUGGCGGAGCUGCUCAAAACCGGUGGCAUCACGGCCGAGGAGGCGCAGCGCUCGAGCCACCUGAACAUCGUGGGCAUGGUGGGCUCCAUCGACAACGACUUCUGCGGCACCGACAUGACCAUCGGCACCGACUCGGCGCUGCACCGCAUCAUAGAGAUCGUGGACGCCAUCACCACCACGGCGCAGAGCCACCAGAGGACGUUCGUGCUGGAGGUGAUGGGGCGGCACUGCGGGUACCUGGCACUGAUCACGGCGCUGGCCUGCGGCGCCGAUUGGGUUUUCAUCCCCGAGUCACCCCCUGAGGACGACUGGGAGGACCACCUGUGCAGGAGGCUGAUCGAG